AUGAGCGAGUUUGGGGAGGCUGCUCCGUACCUGCGGAAAAGCUACACGGAGCAGCUGAAGCUCCAGACCGUCCCGUUCGACGGGAAGAAGCGAGCUUGGAUCCCAGAUGAGAAAGAAGCCUAUAUCGAAGUGGAAAUAAAAGAAAGCUCUGGUGGCAAAGUCACUGUGGAAACCAAAGAUAAGGAAACACGGGUGGUGAAGGAGGACGAGGUGCAGCCCAUGAACCCCCCCAAGUUUGACAUGAUUGAGGACAUGGCCAUGCUGACACACCUCAACGAGGCCUCUGUGCUCUACAACCUGAAGCGCCGCUACUCCCACUGGAUGAUCUACACCUACUCGGGGCUCUUCUGUGUCACCAUCAACCCCUACAAGUGGCUGCCGGUGUACACGGCGCCCGUGGUGGCAGCCUACAAGGGCAAGCGGCGCUCGGAGGCCCCGCCGCACAUCUACUCCAUUGCUGACAACGCCUACAAUGACAUGCUCCGCAACCGUGAAAACCAGUCCAUGCUCAUCACCGGAGAAUCUGGUGCUGGUAAGACUGUAAACACCAAGCGGGUCAUUCAGUACUUUGCCAUUGUCGCAGCCUUGGGCGACACACCGGGCAAGAAAUUAGGCACCCUCGAGGAUCAAAUCAUCGAGGCUAACCCAGCCAUGGAGGCUUUUGGCAAUGCCAAAACCAUAAGGAACGACAACUCCUCGCGUUUUGGCAAGUUCAUCCGGAUCCACUUUGGUCCCUCAGGGAAAUUGGCCUCUGCAGACAUUGACAUCUAUCUUCUGGAAAAAUCCAGAGUGAUUUUCCAGCAACCCAAAGAGCGAAGCUACCACAUCUUCUACCAGAUCCUGUCUGGGAAGAAACCAGAGCUGCAAGAUAUGCUGCUGCUGUCCCUCAACCCCUACGACUACCACUUCUGCUCCCAGGGGGUGACAACAGUGGACAACCUGGAUGACGGCGAGGAGCUGAUGGCCACAGAUCAUGCCAUGGACAUCCUGGGCUUCAGCAGCGAUGAGAAAUACGGCUCCUAUAAAAUAGUGGGGGCCAUCAUGCACUUUGGGAACAUGAAAUUCAAGCAAAAGCAGCGGGAGGAGCAGGCAGAGGCUGAUGGCACUGAAAGUGCUGACAAAGCUGCCUAUCUCAUGGGAAUCAGUUCAGCUGAACUCAUCAAGGGGCUGCUCCAUCCUCGUGUCAAAGUGGGCAAUGAGUACGUGACCAAAGGGCAGAAUGUGGAGCAGGUGCUGUAUGCUGUGGGGGCCCUGGCCAAAGCCACCUACGACCGCAUGUUCAAGUGGCUGGUGACCCGCAUCAACAAGACCCUGGACACCAAGCUGGCCAGGCAGUUCUUCAUUGGGGUGCUGGACAUUGCAGGCUUUGAGAUCUUUGAUUUCAACAGCUUUGAGCAGCUGUGCAUCAACUUCACCAAUGAGAAACUGCAACAGUUCUUCAACCACCACAUGUUUGUCCUGGAGCAGGAGGAAUACAAGAAGGAAGGCAUCGAAUGGGUCUUCAUUGACUUCGGCCUGGACCUGCAGGCCUGCAUUGACCUGAUUGAGAAGCCCAUGGGAAUCCUGUCCAUCCUGGAAGAGGAGUGCAUGUUCCCCAAAGCCUCUGACAUGACCUUCAAGUCCAAGCUCUACGACAACCACAUUGGGAAGUCGCCCAACUUCCAGAAGCCGCGGCCGGACAAGAAGCGCAAGUACGAGGCGCACUUUGAGGUGGUGCACUACGCUGGUGUGGUGCCAUACAACAUCGUGGGGUGGCUGGACAAGAACAAGGACCCCCUGAACGAGACGGUGGUGUCCGUCUUCCAGAAAUCCCAGAACAAGCUCCUGGCCUCCCUCUAUGAGAACUAUGUGGGCUCUGCUUCAGGGACCAAGGAGAAACGUAAGAAGGCAGCUUCUUUCCAAACAGUGUCCCAGCUGCACAAGGAGAACCUCAACAAGCUGAUGACCAACCUGCGCUCCACCCAGCCCCACUUCGUGCGCUGCAUCAUCCCCAACGAGACAAAGACCCCAGGAGCCAUGGAUUCCUUCCUGGUGCUGCACCAGCUGCGCUGCAAUGGGGUCCUGGAAGGGAUCCGCAUCUGCCGCAAGGGCUUCCCCAACAGGAUCCUCUACGCUGAGUUCAAGCAGCGCUACCGUAUCCUCAACCCAGCAGCCAUUCCAGAGGACAAGUUUGUGGACAGCAGGAAGGCCACAGAGAAGCUGCUGAGCUCCCUGGAGCUGGACCAUGCACAGUACAAGUUUGGUCACACCAAGGUGUUUUUCAAGGCUGGUUUGCUGGGCUUGCUGGAGGAGAUGCGAGAUGAACGUCUGGCCAAGGUGCUGACAAUGCUCCAGGCCAGGAUCCGUGGGUUCCUCAUGCGUGUGGAGUAUCAGAAGAUCAUCAGCAGGAGGGAAGCCCUCUACACCAUCCAGUGGAACAUCCGUGCCUUCAAUGCUGUCAAGAACUGGUCCUGGAUGAAGCUGUUCUUCAAGAUCAAGCCUUUACUCAAGUCUGCUCAGACUGAGAAGGAGAUGUCCAACCUGAAGGAGGAAUUCCAGAAGCUGAAGGAGGCUCUGGAGAAGUCUGAGGCAAAGAGGAAGGAGCUGGAAGAGAAGCAAGUCUCCAUGAUCCAGGAGAAGCAUGACCUGGCUCUGCAGCUGCAGGCAGAGCAGGACAACCUGGCAGAUGCAGAGGAACGCUGUGACCUGCUCAUCAAGUCCAAGAUCCAGCUGGAGGCCAAGGUGAAGGAGCUGCAGGAGCGUGUGGAGGAUGAGGAGGAGAUGAGCUCGGAGCUCACUGCCAAGAAACGCAAGCUGGAGGAUGAGUGUGCAGAGCUGAAGAAGGACAUUGAUGACCUGGAGAUCACGCUGGCCAAGGUGGAGAAGGAGAAACAUGCCACAGAGAACAAGGUUAAAAACCUGAUUGAGGAGAUGGCUGGUCUGGAUGAGAUCAUUGCCAAGCUGACAAAGGAGAAGAAAGCCCUGCAAGAAGCUCAUCAGCAGGCCCUGGAUGACCUGCAGGCUGAGGAGGACAAGGUCAACACACUGACCAAAGCCAAGGUCAAACUGGAGCAGCAAGUGGAUGAUCUGGAAAGUUCUCUCGAGCAAGAAAAGAAGGUCCGCAUGGACCUGGAGAGAGCCAAGAGGAAGCUUGAAGGAGACCUGAAGCUGUCACAAGAGUCUGUGAUGGAUCUGGAGAAUGACAAGCAGCAGCUGGAUGAGAAGCUCAAGAAGAAAGACUUUGAGAUGAGUCAGCUGAACUCAAGGAUUGAAGAUGGGCAAGUGAUGGAGGCCCAGCUGCAGAAGAAGAUCAAGGAGGUCCAGGCUCGCGUGGAGGAGCUGGAGGAGGAGCUGGAGGCCGAGCGAGCCGCGCGGGCCAAGGUGGAGAAGCAGCGUGCGGAGGCGUCGCGGGAGCUGGAGGAGCUGAGCGAGCGGCUGGAGGAGGCGGGCGGCAGCACGGCCACGCAGCUGGAGCUCAGCAAGAAGAGGGAGGCCGAGUUCCUGAAGCUGAGGAGGGACCUGGAGGAGGCCACGCUGCAGCACGAGGCCACGGCGGCCGCGCUCAGGAAGAAGCACGCGGACAGCGUGGCCGAGCUGGGCGAGCGCAUCGACGGCCUGCAGCGCGUCAAGCAGAAACUGGAGAAGGAGAAGAGCGAGAUGAAGAUGGAGAUUGAUGACCUCUCCUCCAACGUUGAGUACAUCACCAAGAGCAAGGCCAAUGCAGAGAAGCUGUGCCGCACCUACGAGGACCAGCUGAACGAGGCCAAGGCCAGAGUGGACGAGCUGCAGCGGCAGCUGACGGACGUGAACGCGCAGCGGGGCCGGCUGCAGACUGAGAAUGGGGAGCUCACCCGACUGCUGGAGGAAAAGGAGUCCUUCAUCAACCAGCUGAGCCGUGGCAAGGUCUCCUUCACACAGAGCAUUGAGGAACUCAAGAGGCAGCUGGAGGAAGAGACCAAGGGCAAGAACGCCCUGGCCCACGCCCUGCAGGCCUCCCGGCACGACUGUGACCUGCUGCGGGAGCAGUACGAGGAGGAGGGCGAGGCCAAGGGCGAGCUCCAGAGGAACUUGUCCAAAGCCAACGCUGAGGUGGCCCAGUGGAGAACCAAGUACGAGACUGAUGCCAUCCAGAGGACUGAGGAGCUGGAGGAAGCCAAGAAGAAGCUGGCCACGCGGCUGCAGGAGGCACAGGAGGCCGUGGAGGCCGCCCACGCCAAGUGCUCCUCGCUGGAGAAGACCAAGCACCGGCUGCAGACCGAGAUCGAGGACCUGUCGGUGGAGCUGGAGCGCGCCAACUCGGCCUGCGCCGCCCUGGACAAGAAGCAGAGGAACUUUGACAGGAUCCUGGCAGAGUGGAGGCAGAAGCACGAGGAGAGCCAGGUGGAGCUGGAGGCGUCGCAGAAGGAGGCGCGCAGCCUGAGCACGGAGCUCUUCAAGCUCAAGAACGCCUACGAGGAGUCCCUGGACAACCUGGAGACCCUUAAGAGGGAGAACAAGAACCUGCAGGAGGAAAUUGCUGAUUUGACUGACCAGAUCAGUCUGGGAGGCAAAACCAUCCAUGAGCUGGAGAAGGUGAAGAAAGUGCUGGAAAGUGAGAAGAGCGAUAUCCAGGCAGCUCUGGAGGAGGCUGAGGGAGCCCUGGAGCACGAGGAGAGCAAGACCCUGCGCAUCCAGCUGGAGCUGAACCAGAUCAAGGCUGACAUGGACAGGAAGCUGGCGGAGAAGGACGAGGAGUUUGAGAACCUGAGGCGCAACCACCAGCGCGCCAUGGACUCCAUGCAGGCCUCGCUGGAUGCAGAGGCCCGGGCCAAGAACGAGGCUGUGAGGCUGAGGAAGAAGAUGGAGGGGGACCUGAACGAGAUGGAGAUCCAGCUGAACCACGCCAACCGCCAGGCUGCCGAGUUCCAGCAGCUGGGCCGCCAGCUCCAGGCCCAGAUCAAGGACCUGCAGAUGGAGCUGGAUGACACCCAGCGCCACAAUGAUGACCUGAAGGAGCAGGUGGGGGCCCUGGAGCGCCGCAGCAACCUGCUGCUGGCAGAGGUGGAGGAGCUGCGGGCGGCGCUGGAGCAGGCCGAGAGGAGCAGGAAGCUGGCAGAGCAGGAGCUGCUGGAAACCACCGAGAGGGUCACCCUGCUCCACUCCCAGAACAUGGGGCUGAUCAACCAGAAGAAGAAGCUGGAGGCAGAUGUCUCCCAGCUGAGCGGCGAGGUGGAGGAUGCGGUGCAGGAGUGUCGCAACGCCGAGGAGAAGGCAAAGAAAGCCAUCACAGAUGCUGCCAUGAUGGCAGAGGAGCUGAAGAAGGAGCAGGACACGAGCGCACACCUGGAGCGCAUGAAGAAGAACAUGGAGCAGACCAUCAAGGACCUGCAGAUGCGCCUGGACGAGGCAGAGCAGAUUGCUCUCAAGGGGGGCAAGAAGCAGAUCCAGAAGCUGGAGGCCAGGGUGCGGGAGCUGGAGGGAGAGCUGGAUGGGGAGCAGAAGAAGAUGGCAGAGGCCCAGAAGGGCAUUCGCAAGUACGAGCGCAGGAUCAAGGAGCUGAGCUACCAGGCUGAGGAAGACCGGAAGAACCUGGCUCGGAUGCAGGACCUGAUAGACAAGCUGCAGAGCAAGGUCAAGAGCUACAAGCGCCAGUUUGAGGAGGCAGAGCAGCAGGCCAACUCCAACCUGGUGAAGUACCGCAAGGUGCAGCACGAGCUGGACGACGCCGAGGAACGCGCCGACAUCGCCGAGAGCCAGGUCAACAAACUGCGCGCCCGCAGCAGGGACGUGGUCAUCUCCAAGCAUUAGGAGCCUGGCUGUCCUGUCCUGUCCUGUUCCAGCUGCUGCUGUAGGCUGGAGGCAAGUGGCUGCAACAGUCACUGUCAGCUUUGCAUUGCAUGAAUAAACGUAGAUUACCA